ACAUCAGUUGUCUGGAAAGCAGCCACGGAACUGGUCGGCCGGUAACAACAACAAGGUAUCAUCAUUGGUGUUCGGAAUAGAGCAAAUAUUGCUAUUUGCAGAACUCUUCAGAAAGUGCUGUUGGAUAAAACGAUAACAUAAGAUACAAAUACAGAUACGGAUCUGAUAAGUCCAUCAGUUUAGCGGGCUCAAGUGGAAGAUUUAUUCCCCCAUUCGUGUCAGACAGUUGGCAAGCUUUCAACCGAUCAGUGACCACAAUGCGGAUGAGGCUACUCUUUAUGUGGAUUACCUUCACAGCUCUCCUGCAAUGGUCGCAUGCCGAGGAGGAUAAUAUACAUGAGUUGAGCGUAGUCGGAGGCGGCGGUGGAGUCGAUGACAAAGAAGAUGGGGAUCCAGCGGUGGUUCAGGAGGUUUCUAACCCACCUCCUGAUGAGGCAGCGUCCAUGACUACCACAGAGAUGCCUGAAAAGAUGCCAGUAAUUACGCAGGGCCCCUCGGAAAUGAGUUCUACGAUGGAUCAGCACUCGGAGGAGACUAAAGCAGAGCCCAAUGAGACCUCUAUGGAACCCGCUAACCCCCAAUCUGCGGAGGACUUGAAAGAACCAUCAAAGACUCCUGAGCCCCCAAUCGAAUUAUCAGAAUCCAGCAAGGAAAAAAAUCCUACAACAGAUCCUGCACCACCAGAAGAAUCCUCUUCAGAAGUGGGAAAGGAUGCUUCCGAGGAACCACAACCACAAACAUCUCCUGGAAAAAUGCCCGAAUUCGAAAAUCCGAAGACAUCAAGCGAUGGGGCUGAUUAUCCCAAUGAUGCUCCCCAGGACAUCACCACGACCAUGGCCAGCACUUUAGCAACUGUCCGUCCUCCGUUACCCUCACCCGUACCACCAAAAGUACCUCCACCCGUUUUUAUGAACAUCAGUUGCUACAGCUGUAUGUCCUGCGAUGGUCCUGUGACAAAUAAAACAAAGACUCUAUGUCCUCCGGAAAAGAAUAAAUGGAAUGGAUGCUUCACCGUUUUCGUUCGGGAUGCAAAAAUGGCUCCCGGCAAGGAUAAGUAUCUGAUACGGGGUUGCAUAGGUGACUUGGACGCAAACCUACUGGACUAUUGUGGCAAGAAUGCUGAGUUGUGCUCGAAAUGUUAUGAUCACUAUUGCAACACCCAGGAUAUAUCCACAUACGAAGCUGCGACGGCAGGAUCUGGCCAUCAAAUUGCUUAUCUUUCGAUUACCCUGAUUUUUGGAAGCUUUGGCUGGAAUUGGAUAAAUUACCAAAUGCUGCUUUAGGACCCCACUGUUCCGAUUAUUUCCAAAUAUUUCUAAAAAAAAAAUUAUCAAAGGAACUUUAAAAAUAUUUUUUCUUGAUUAUAGCACCGAAGUUAAAACAGUCACAAUUAUUUCAUUAAAUAUCUGUAAAUAUUUUGAAACUAAAACUUAAUUAUUUCAAUAAAAAAAUAAGGAAAACUUUAUUUCAAGUA